UCAAAACGGACGUCGGUUCCGAAUCUGAACCCCAAGUCCCCAACUACAGGUAGGCUGCUAGGGUUUGUCUUCAAUCAAAUUACUCGCUCAUUGUUUCAUUCAGUAGGUUCCUCAGCAGUCAGCAACCAUCAUCAAUGGCUAACUCAACGGCAAGGUCGUUCCUCCAAGUGGCGGCAACCGAGGAGGUUGCUUCCCCUCUCCGUGUUGUUCAAAUCGAGGGCCUGGCUAUCCUAAAGAUAAUCAAACACUGCAAAGAGUUCUCACCGGCUCUUGUUACGGGCCAACUUCUUGGGCUUGAUGUGGGCAGCGUUCUUGAAGUUACCAACUGUUUCCCUUUUCCGGUUCGAGAAGAGGAUGAAGAAAACGAUGCUGAGGGUGCCAGUUAUCAGCUCGAGAUGAUGAAAUGCUUGAGGGAGGUUAAUGUUGAUAAUAACACUGUUGGAUGGUACCAAUCAACACUGUUAGGUUCUUUUCAGACAGUGGAAUUGAUUGAAACCUUCAUGAAUUACCAGGAAAAUAUUAGACGCUGUGUGUGCAUUAUCUAUGAUCCAUCAAGGUCCAGUCAAGGCGUCUUAGCGCUCAAGGCCUUAAAUCUUUCUGAUUCAUUCAUGGAUCUUUACCGCAGUAACAAUUUUACAGGAGAGAAGUUGAGAGAGAAAAACUUAUCGUGGGUGGACAUAUUUGAAGAAAUUCCUAUCAAAGUUUCAAAUUCUGCCCUUAUCAGUGCCUUUAUGACAGAUCUAGAAGGUGAUGCACCAGUAACUCAGUGUGAUUAUGAUCGUCUGCAAUUAUCUACCAACCCAUUUAUGGAGAGAAAUAUGGACUUUCUGAUUGAAUGCAUGGAUGAUUUGUCAAUGGAACAGCAAAAGUUCCAAUUCUACUACCGGAGCUUGUCGCGUCAACAAGCCCAACAAGCAGCAUGGCUUCAGAAGAGAAGGUCUGAGAAUGCAGCACGCAAAACUGCCGGAGAAGAGCCUUUACCUGAGGAGGAUCCUUCGAAUCCCGUCUUUAAGCCAGUGCCUGAGCCAUCACGGUUGGAUAGCUUUCUAAUAACAAAUCAAGUUGCUAACUACUGCAAUCAGAUUAAUGGGGUUGCGGGGCAGAACUUCAGUAGAUUGUAUUUGAUGAAGGCAUUGCAUGAGAAUUGAUGUAUUGUCGCUGGUGAAGUAAACUCGCUGCCUGGUGCACUUUUUGGAGAAAAAUCUUUGGUAGUUGGUGUCAUUUGGAGAUGAACUGGAGUAGCAUUGUAUUUGUUUUAUUCUAAUUUCAUUUCUGAAUAGUAAUAUUAUCUGGAUUACAAGAUUUACAAACUGUUGAUAAUUUGGAUUACAAGAUUCAAUUAAGUGUAAUCUAAUGAUCAAAAUUAAAUGGUUGUUA